AUGGAAGCAACACUGUACCAAAUACCGGAGACAUUACAUGAGAAGAUACUUGAGAAAGUGAAGGCCAAUCCGAGACUGGACGAUGUACCGGAGAUUCAUGGGGAGCAACUGGCGGAAGCCGACGGAUUCAUCUUCGGGUUUCCAUCGAGGUUCAGAGUGAUAGCAUCGCAGUUCAUGACCUUUUUUGAUAACACAAAUGAUCUCUGGACCUCACAGACUCUUGUCGGGAAACCCGCUGGAAUCUUCUGGAGUACCGUGCAGAUUAACGACAGUGACAGAACUGGCUCAUCACGGGAUGAUAUUGUACCGUUAGGGUACACAUUUGGUAAAGACAUGUAUGAGACGGGAGAGGCUAAAGGUGGUUCGCCGUACGGCUCAGGGACUUAUGCACCUGAUGGGUCACGCAAGCCGACUGAGCUGGAGAUCCAGCACGCAAAUUACCAUGGCAAGUAUUUUACAAUGAUAGCCAAGAAACUCAAGAAUCGGUCUCCUGCCUAG